GUUCCAGUUCCUGUAAACAUAGUGGUUGCAACUCAUAUCCAGUAUGGACCAUGCAGCCAAUCACAGCUGCCACCUCCUCCAGCAACUGCAUGAACAGCGGAUCCAGGGACUGCUCUGUGACUGUAUGCUUGUGGUGAAAGGAGUCCGUUUUAAAGCACAUAAAAAUGUCUUGGCUGCAUUUAGCCAGUACUUCAGAUCAUUGUUCCAGAAUGCUUCAAGCCAGAAAAACGAUGUCUUUCAUUUGGACAUUAAAAACAUUGGUGGCAUUGGACAAAUUCUCGACUUUAUGUACACCUCUCAUUUGGACCUCAAUAACGACAACGUACAGGUGAUGUUGGACGUUGCACAGUGUCUUCAAGUGCAAAAUGUGCUGAGUAUGUGCUACAGCUUCUUAAAACUGGCCAACCCCGUGGAGCCGGCCUCAUCUACACCAUGCAGUGGGCCUUUGUCUCUCCCCAGCACAUGCCCCGGCGUGUACUCUAAUCCUAUAUCAAAUCAGCAGCUCAGCCCUCCGUUACUUCAGGACAUUGUAACAGAAGAGAGACAUUCCAAUGUGGUGCAAACCCUUAGGGAGACUGCCCCUUUAAAUGAGGUAUCGAAAGCUGCAUUGACUCCUUUAAAUGAAAUGAAAGAAAUUCAGCUGAAACACUUAAAUCAGCCAUAUAAGUUGCGAGACUUUUAUAGCAAGCUUUUCUACAAGGAAAUCGCUGAUAAGGUCCUAGAACAGGCGGCAGCACCCAGUUUAGAACAAGCGGCAGCACUCAAUUUAGAAGAAGCGGCAGCACCCACCUUAGAACAAGCAGUAUCCACCAACUUAGAACAAUCGGCAGGACCCAACUUAGAACAAGCGGCAGCAUCCGCCAACUUAGAACAAGCGGCAGCACCCAGCAUAGAACAGGCCACAGCUCCGAACAUGUGCAUGGAUCAAAAUGCCAUAGAAACUCAGCCUUGGGAUUUCAAUCAUUCCGCACCCAUUUUGGAGCCAUCCAAAUCUCUAUCACCUCUUCCUCUGGAACCUCUGCCUGCAUUCUCCCAUACGUUUGUCACCAACGUGGACUCUGAACACUCAGCGCUAAAGUUUCCAGAACAGAUGCAGCUUAAAAAAGCAGUCCAUUUAAAAAAAUUAAAUAUGCUCCGGUCACAAAAAGCAGCCGAGGGAUCUUCUCAACCAGAGAAUGCCUUGCAAAGUACAACAGAGUCUGUGUGUUCUGGGGAAAAGGUGUUAGAAGCCCGUGACAGAGGUUUAUUGGAAAAGGAAUCGGCGAGUGGGAUUUUUGAAAGUCUCGGUGACACUUUAGCUCCAGCUGAGGGAGUAAUCUCCACCAACAAACACUACUUCUGUGAUAUAUGUGGCAAGGGCUUUAGACACCCAAGCAAUCUGGAACAGCACAAACGUUCUCAUACAGGUGAGAAACCCUUUGAAUGCAGCAUCUGUGGGAAGCACUUCUCACAGGCUGGCAAUCUUCAGACUCAUUUACGUCGGCACACUGGUGAAAAACCUUAUAUAUGUGAGAUUUGUGGCAAAAGAUUUACAUUUUCGGCUGAUGUUCAGCGCCACAUUGUUAUCCACACUGGCAAAAAACCCCACUUGUGUGAUAUCUGCGGCCGAGGUUUCAGCAAUGUUAGUAACUUGAAAGAACAUGAGAAAAUCCAUGUGUCAGAUAAAAUAUACACCUGUGAUGAGUGCGGCAAGUCCUUCAAUAUGCACCGGAAGCUCAUCAAGCACAGAAUCAGUCACACAGGCAAGAAACCUUACAACUGCUCAACUUGUGGUAAAAAGUUUGCAGGUUCUGGUGAUUUACAGAGACACGUUAGAAGUCACACAGGAGAAAAGCCAUACACCUGUGACAUUUGCAGUAAAAACUUCAGCCGUUCUGCUGUCCUGAGGCACCAUAAAAUGACGCACCGUAAGGCUGCCGAGAAUGACCAGAAUGCACCAGAUAAGCCGCCCAACCCAACAAGCUUAGAAAAAUCUCAAAAUAUGGAAACGCUGACCCAGGGCACGGCUGCUACUUUAAUACCCGAUCCUUGUCAUUCAGUGGAAAAUACCAGAACUGAGGGUGGUACCAUAAGUACGUAUUGCAAACUGCCGACCAUUAUGCACCAGCAUGAACUGAAUGGGGCCAAAAAACUGACCGACGAUCAGGGCUCCAAACCUCAUGCGCACUGUUAUACAUUCCCAGAAGUAGAAGUCGCAGAAGUGGAAGUCGCAAUGACCGAAGAAAACCUGCAUUCUAACAUGAUCCGAUCUUCCUUAGUAGCUCUGGAUAACUGCGCUGAGCCCGCGGGUAACCGUGCAGCCUCGAAUGUUUACAAAAACACUGAUGCCCCUUUAUACACCAGCAUGACACUGUGGGGCUUGUCUAUGAAGACUUUGCAAAACGAAAGUGAGCCGGACCAGUAAUGACAUCUUUUUUUUAUGCAAAUGUCUUUAGAAAAUGCAAUAUUUGGUUACUUAAAGGAGAAGGAAAGGCUAAAUAUAAGUAAGCUUUAUCAGAAAGGUCUAUAUAAAUACACCGGUAAACCCUCAAAGUAAUUCUGCUCUGAGUCCUCUGUCAAAAGAAACACAGUAUUUCUUUCCCUCGAUUGUGUA